AUGAAACAAGAAAAAGAUGAAACCAUGAGAAUCAUAGAUCUUCUCAGGAAGAGGCAACUUACUUUGAUAGAAAAAUGUGACAAAUACGAGGAAGAACUUCAAGACUUAAGGCAAAAAAGAGAUGAAAGCACGAAAAAUUUAGAUAUUCUCAGAAAGAGAGAACUUAAUGUCAUAGAAAAUUGUGAGAAAUACAAAAAGGAACUUCAAGACAUGAAGCAAGAAAAAGAUGAAACCAUGAGAAACAUAGAUAUUCUCAGGAAGAGAGACAUUACUUUGAUAGAAAAAUGUGACAAAUACGAAGAAGAAGUUCAAGACUUAAGGCAAAAAAGAGAUGAAAGCAUGAAAAAUCUAGAUAUUCUCAGAAAGAGAGAACUUAGUGUCAUAGAAGAUUGUGAGAAAUACAAAAAAGAACUUCAAGACAUAAAGCAAGAAAGAGAUGAAAGCAUGAGAAAUCUAGAUAUUUUCAGGAAGAGUCAAGACCUCAGCAAGCAACUCCAGAAAAACCACCAGAAUAAGCUACAAAAAUUGAUGCUGGAAAGAGAUGACCUGAAGCGAAAACUUGAAAUACAAGAAAAAAGAGAACUUGAUUUAAUAGAAGAUUGUGAGAAAUACAAGAAAGAAUUUCAAAACAUGAGGCAAGAAAGAGAUGAAAGCGUGAGAAAUCUAGAUAUUUUCAGAAAGAGUCAAGUCCUCAACAAGCAACUCCAGAAAGAACACCAGAAUAAGCUACAAAUACUGAUGCUGGAAAGAGAUGAUCUGAAGCGAAAACUUGAAAUAUUAGAGAAAAGUCUUCUAGAAGCCAAUUCCAGUGAUAUAAAUUAUACAGUACCUCAAAAAACAGGCACAGCAAUGGAAGUGCGGUACUGUAAUGACCACGUAUUGUGUAUCGAACAGUGA